CGGCUGCGAGGAGCCCGAGUAUUCAAAAGCUUUUUCGAAGCUAAGGUUCGUGCCUCUCCUCGGAGGAUCGGCUUCCAAAGGACAGAGCCCUGGUGACGAUGUUCGCGACCUGAUGCCGAACGAUCACUUCGAAUAUCCCCGCAAAAUGGUCAGCAAAAUCUGCUCAUCGAUCUACAGUGAGACGAAAGAGCCAGCGCCUUAUCCCUCAAAGAUCACCUCCGUCGAUAAUCGUCUCCUGUUCGUCGUCGACAUCCUGCUAUGUCACUUCAUCCUCUCUCCACUGGUCAUCGCGAAUUGGGCGUUUGCCUGGCAAAUCUGCGACGCCACCGGAAAAACCAUUGAAAGUAGCUUGAUAUGCUGCCUGAUUGGUUUCGUCGUGCUCACAAUGCUAUGCCAGAGUCAGUUUUUCCUGAAGCAGCACGCUGUCUCACCGACUGGAAAAGCUCUGCCUGUGGUGGCCUCCGUGUACAACAUCGUUGUGGCCUUCGCAACCAUCCUGAGUUGGAGGGGCGUCUGGACCAUAAUGGAUAUCCGCAUCGGCACUGAUCUGAAGUCUUGCAUCGCGUCUUUCUCGCUGGGCGCAGCUUUGCUCUCCGGAGCAGGAGCCUUGAAAACAAGCGCGAUCGCACCACCUUUUCUCUUGCAAAGCGAUGAUGUUUCGCGACGUGACGGUGCAGUGUUCGACUUCCCCACACGAUUCCAGCAGAAGCGAGGUUUCAGGCUUGCGUUGGAUGCAAUUUUUACGAACAUAGUUUCCAUCGUUGGCGUUGUUGGGGUCUGGCGAGCGCUUUGGAUACCGCAAGAUAUUCUGCUGGAGUUUGAUUCGGACGAUUCGCAUGCUCUGAGAUCGAAUUUGUUGUCUUGUUCCAUCGGAUGGCUCUCAGCUCUCAUUCUCAUCGGCCUGCAGCCAUACAUGGACACAGUCUUCCGAGGAGUGGAGAUCCGAGUGAGUUGGUGGUACCGUUUCGCAUUCGAGUCGUUCUGGUCGUUACUGCAAUCGCUGUCGACGGUAUUCCUCUGGAGGGGAAUAUGGAAUUUGAGCGAAACUUAUCUCGGCGACUUAUUCGUCGGUGUACCCGCUGUGCACGGAUGUGUGACCGUAGUGCUCUUCACAACGCUCGCGCUGGACGUUCUGUCAAUGAAUUGCAACACGGGCGCGAAAGGCUGCAGCUGCGACGGUUCCGGAAUCGGGAAUCACAUCCGUUACCUAUCAUCGGAAAUAGACUCCUCGCGGUGUGAGAUUCCCUGACACGAUGUUUCCACUAUAAUCAUGACUAUAGAUUAGCGCAGUUUGAAAUUAUGUUCAUAUUAUACUAGUCAGCAUAUGACUAUUUUCCGACUACUCGAUUCGAGAAAUCCUCGGUGAUAAUUUAUUGUCCUUUCUCUCCGGGAUCACUCGAAGGGAACGAGCCGAGAUCACAAAAGGUACUGGGGGUGAUAGUCACACCCAAGCUCCAUACAACCAUAUAUUAUGAAGUCACGUAUCCUGUACAUUUGUACAUAUACGAUGUUCCGACAUGUACAUCCGUGGCCCCCAUCUAGGCCGGAACGGCGGUUCGAUGAUCGGAGGCUCUAAAGAGUGGAAUUUUACGAACUUUUAAUAUACACAUCAAUUCAACAAGAGCGAGAUUGUGCCCGUCUUCCAUCAGCCACGCGAAAAAAGAAGAAUAAACGAACAACGAUUAGUUUAUUC